UACCUAUCUACUCCCCCUCUCUGUCUCUGUCGCACCGUCAAUCGGUGCUCGGGGCAUAAAGAACACAGAGAACGGAGUCUACGCGAGUUUAGUGAAGCCGCUACCUAGCGAGGAGCAGUAGCAAAAGCCGAUACGUCGCUGUUAAUACUGCUACAAGCCAGUUGAGCGUGCGUGUGCGCGACUAUAUACACGGCAGUAGUCUAAGCGUCUCCUCACCUCUCUAUUCUUUCUCUCUCUUUCUCUUCUUUCUCUCUCUCUCUCUCUUUUUCUAUCUCUCUCUCUCCUCGGAGUUUUUCUACUAGUGAACGAGGCGCAACAACGAGACGGCGCGGCUUUAUGCGAGGGUGCUCGUUGGCGAGUUGCGCGUGUGAAAGGACAAGAGGAGGGGCUGGCCGAGGAGUGGAUAGGAUCAAGAGUGGUAUUUGGCGAGCGACGGGGGGCGGCUCGUCGUAUCUCGACUCUUGGCGUGCUGCUGCUGCUGCUGCGUGCAGCAACUCUCGAGAAUAAUAUGGCGGAGCGGGCGACCAAAACCUCGUCCUCGGGAGGCUCGACCAACCGACCAGUGCCCAUGAGGUUAUUCGCUACCUGGGAAGUCGAUCGUACGCCCUCCAACUGCAUUCCCAGACUGUGCACGCUGACGCUGACGAGACUAGUGAUUCUGCGACCGCUCGGGGCCGACCUCGCCUCGGUCAGCAUCGCCGUCAAGAUGCAGAGCUCCAAGCGGACGUUGCGCUCGAACGAGAUCGUGGUGCCGGCCGGCGGGAUGCUGGACACCGAGCUCGAGCUGCAGUUUGCGCUGCAGUACCCACACUUCCUGAAGCGCGACGGCAACAAGCUGCUGGUGCUGCUGCAGAGGCGGAAGCGCUACAAGAAUCGCACGAUGCUCGGCUACAAGACCCUCGCCGAGGGUAUCGUCAACAUGGCGCAGGUACUGCAGAAGCAGAUGGACCUGGAGUUGGAGCUAGUGUCGGACAAGGCAGAGAAGUACGGCGGACACUCGCUGGCGCGAGUGCACGUGGUUGCGCUGUGCAGCCAGCCGGUGGACUCGGAUAAGAGGCUGAUGAGUGACCCGAGCGAGCGGCUCUGCCAGGAGUUCAGCGACGACGAGGAAGAGUUCAGCUCGGAAGCCGAGGCCGAGGGUAGCGACAGCGAGCCGACCCUCGAGGUGGGCCCUCGACGCAAGAGCCGCGGCAAAAUGCCCCCUAACGCCAGGCAAAGGAAUUUGAAGCAGAAAUUCAUCGCUCUGUUGAAGCGCUUCAGAGUAUCCGAGGAAUUGGAACACGACCAGGAGGAAAUCAGCCAGAAGUUCCCAGGUGGGGACAUGGAAAUCGAGGAGUUGUUCGACGAGCUGGAAGACUUGUCGGACAGCGGCCCAGAACUGGAUACCAUGUCGGUAAGCAGCACGCCCAAGCCGUCGCUCAGGCCGUUCUUCAGUUCUAGUCGUUCGCUUCUCGCUCCCCCGCACAACGUAGUAAGCGGCGAGGAGAGCGGAGUAGCGACCAACAGUGCUACGCCAGUGCAGCCGGGCCAUCUGACCCCGGCUAGCCAGCUUAAGGAUAGAUCGCGUGUCGGGCACACGACCCCAGAGCGUGGUGUGGACAGGCAGAGCGACGACAGCUCGCGGCGUAACGACAGUGACUCGCACGCCGAGAACUGGACCGACCACGAGGCCAACGAGCAGCAGCAACAGCAGCAGCAGCAGCAACAGCAGCAACAGCAGCAACAGCAACAGCAGCAACAACAGCAACAGCAGCAACUGCAGCAGCAUCAGCACCAGCACCAGCAGCAGCAACAGCAGCAACAGCAGCAGGAACCGCCACAGCAGGUCGCCGGCUCACCGCCCAAGUGCAGCACCGAGCAGCAGCAGCAACAGCAGAUCAUCAAGGAGAGGAGCGAGGGCGACAGGAAAAGCCGACUGUUCGCCAGGGACCGCGGCACUCCGGGCAGCAACAAGACCAAGAAGCACAGCCUGAGCGUCGACUUGAAGCCCGCCAGCGACCUGAGCAGCUCCGAGCCGAGGAAGGCGCUGGUGGAGCAGCUGAGCCGAGUGCUGCCCGACGACACGCUGCCCGAAUCGCUGGCGCUAGUCUCGCUGUCGGACCCGGGCGGCGCGGUGCUGGCCGCGCGCCUCCAGGAGCGCAGCCUGCGCGUGCUGACCACGGCCUCGGUCGCCGACGUGCGCGCCACCUUCAGCUGCCUCAUGGCCCGCAUACAAAAGUUCUGCAACAGCUCGGCGAAGCCUCCGGCGCCGGUGAAAGUGGUGACGGCCGGCGGUGACGGCUUCAUCAACACGGUGCUGCGCCACUAUGUGGACCUGCUGAGCUUCCGACCGCCCGACUGGCAGAACUAUCUGCGCUUCCUCGUCGUGCCGCUCGGCUCCAACAGCUUGUCCAAGUACCUGGCCUCGAUAGACUCGAGGUACGCCGCGCUCUUCGGCGACGAGUGGCGCGAGCUGGCCGAGCGCGAGGGUGCUCAGGCCGGCGAGAGCGCCGCCAGAGUAGCCGAGUACCUGCUGUCGUCGGCUUCGAUCCUCUUGCUGCCCAUCGCCGAGGCGAUGGUAACCUACAGGGAGACGGACGACAGCAGUCAGAUAUUCGUGCCGUUCAUCAACGACGUGCGCGUCGGCUGCCCGGAGAGCAGCGCCUCGGCCUCGGUGGACCUGGAGGAGGCCGGCGCCGGGGCCGGCGCCACGGGCUCGCCACCGUCGGCAGCGGCAUUGGGCAGCGGGAGCAUGGGCGGCGCGCUGCCUCUGGCGGCGCCUGCUGGCAGGUUGACGCCGCCGAGCAGUCCGAACGUGGGCCAGCCGAGAGACGCCUGGGAGCCGGUGGAGCUGCAGCUCGACUACUGGGGCAAGCCCGCGCUCGGCGAGAAGGGCAAGAACUCGCUGCGCCAGGCUUUCAGAGUGCUGCACGUGCAGAGGCUGUCGCCACUGGGCGAGCCGCCCGGUCAGCACCUCUGCAUGAGCUACAUGACCAAGGAAAAGAAACAGAAGAUAAUGCGGCUUGGCAAGAAGAAGGAGAAGGAGAAAGAAAACGAGCCAAAGAGUCAGCAAGUUGAUGGCGUGACGCGGUUAAUAUGCUCGGCAAAGACCCACAACAUUCCACUAAGAGUAAGCAUCGAUGGCACGGAGUGGUACGGCGUCAAGUUCUUCCAGUUAUCGGCCCAAUGGCAGACGCAUAUCAAGACUUUCCCGGUGGCGAUGCUGUCCUACAAUUUGCAGACGCAGUCGCCGAGUCUCGCGUAAAUUUUCUCUUCAUCGGCAGAAAUUUAACGAUGACGAGAACAAAAGCAGUCAUGAUGCGACACAUACAUACAUGAUAAUAGCAAAUAGCAGUCAUGAUGCGACACAUACAUACAUGAUAAUAGUGUCGGCUAAGCGUAAAUGUUCGUACACACAUAUCCGUUAACCUUCCAAGUUCUCAAUCAAGUAUAGUUGAGACACUGAAGAAACAACGUAUAUUUUAUCUGGAAGUAGACGUACUUUUGAUCGCUCGAAAGUAGUAUUCUCUUUUUUUUUUUGUCGUUCAAUCGCUCUGCCCGCGCUGAGUUCGCUUUAUAACCUGUUUUCGAAUGUCAUUUAGCUCGGAUCAAUAACCAUAAAGACUUUCUGCAAAUUCAUCGAGAUAUGAGUGAUGACAAUAGAAUAACAACUGUUUUUUUUAUUUGGAUGUUACUAUUAACUUUGAUGAUUGUGAACUAUUUUAGAAUAAUUCUAUAAAGUUAAUUCACAGGCACUAACAGUUUGUGUCCUUAAAUACACGUAGAUUAAGUGCAGCCGCACAUUUGUUUAUGAACAUUUAAGUUACAGCGCAAAAUAUCAUUUCCAAGGCAACAAUUUGCUUAGCAUUAUUCUGAAAAUUACAGCAAAAACCAACACAGGUUACAUAUAAAUAAGUAUAGUAAGCUCAACAGGUGCAGAAUAAGCAAUCACGUAUGUAAACAAAAUUCACAUUUUAAUAGCCGACUGUUGGUUACGGAUAUGUUUCGUCUACUCGUUUUAUUUAUUAAUUUUGAAUUAUUGAUUAAUUCUUUUAGAUAAUCUGAUGAUUGAUGAUACAAAACAGUUACUCUGUAAAUAGUAAGUUUUAUUCGCAUAUCGAAAAUAAUUCACAUGUACAGCCAUAUUAUUAAGUUGUGUUCCUAGACGAAUCUAGAAUCGUUAAACCAAAAAUCUUAAAAUGUACAUUUUACAUGUAAAUGUAUGUGGCAUGUCUAUUUCCAUUCAAAAACUUUGUAAAAACGUACAAAAAAUGUGCAAUACUCAGUAAAUGUUGUGAGAAACAGCGUCAAAAAUAUUGCAAGCGAAUAAUACGUAUUAAUGAAAUGAAAUUUCGGAUACGAGUGGAAAGAAAAAAUUGUUUUUUUCGUUUGGUAUAGUAUAUUUUUUAUAUUUGUUCAACGUGUCAAAAAAAUUUGUAAUAACUUUUUAUUCCAUAUUGUAAACGCGAAGAAAAAACAUCACGAAUCGUCAAAUUCGUGGAAAAAUUUUUAGAUUAUUCAAGUCCUGCCUAUAAUCUAUCAUUUUUCAUGAAAUAAUUAAUUUUCGUUUCCCAUUAGUCAGUAGAGGAGCACGCGAGUCAAUUACACUAGACGCAAAUAUGCAUUAUUUAUUCCAGUAAAACUGUGAGACUUUACAGUAAUUUGAUAUUAAGCAAUAUUUUAUAAAUUCUCCGUAUUUCAGUUGUUUUAUAGAUAUAAUUUUAACUUCGACUUGCGUAAUUUUUGUCAUUUUUUUUCAUUCGGAUAAUAGGUUAGUCAAUUUUUUCAUUGCCUUUAUAUUAGCAUAUUUUAAAUAUAAGUACACGAGGCAACGUAAAUAAAUAUUUUUUUAACAACAAUUUUUUAUCAAAAUAAUGGAAUGAAUUUCGUAGUGACUAAUAUGUCAUUAAUGACUGCCUAAUGCCAAAAGCGACACUAUGUGUCUGCAUAUUUCAAAUGAACGACUAUUGAUAAAACUUUUGAAUUUUCAGCAACAAAUUAAUGAUGUGCUGCAUAAUUUCUUGCCAAAAAAUAUUGCGAUUGUACUGUAUAUUCUAAUAUUGGCUUAAUUAUAUGCUUGACUAGUAUCUAAAUUUUUUUAAUGUCUUUCGUGUCUCCGGACAUGCAUUAUGCACAAAAAAUUGACUCGUAAUUGGUUGAUAAUCGGUAUCUAACAAGCGGAACUGAUUCUUAUGUUCAUUAUAAUAAUCUACCAAUGUAUUCAUCAAUCUUCUUUUUAAUCAAGACUUCGUGCUUAAUAACCGAUUCUUCCCAUCCUUGUCAGUAUAAAGCUGUGUUUUUGAGGGACUGCAAUUUUAUUUUCUUUAACAGCACACUCGGUUUAAUAUUCGAGUAUAAUCUUUUGUUAUUAUUAUUUUUUUUUCUCAUGAUACUCCUUUUGAAUAUGAUCAACUUUCUAAACUCACAUAUUUUCUUGCAUUAUAGUUGUCAGUUAUAAAUUAAAACUCUCAAAAUUGACUUUCAACUAAUUUGCUAAUAUUUAUUGUAUAGCAGGCAUACAAUUUUAGUUAAUAAAACUUUUAUAAUAAAAUUUUUUUAGCACAAAAAUGUCUCUUACGUAAAACGAAGACGAGAUGAGAAAAAGCUUGAGUGCAUUAUUGUCGGUGGGCGCAAUGAAUAAUACAAUCGAGAAAUAUUUAAUGAAGGAUUUUCAAUGAAGUUGAAUUGACACUCACAUUGAAUGUUAAUAAGAAAACUUCAAAGUGUAUAAAGUAUUUUGAAUUCAAACUAGAUGUUAAAUUUAUUAAGAAUGUAUAAAACAAUAUGUGAAAUAUAAUACACAGUAUCAAUAUCCAAGAUGGUUAAUCAAAUACUUAAAUGUCACGGUAUUGUAAGGCAGUAUUUUUAUUUUCAAACAUGAAGCAAAUGUAAGAGAGUCAUUGUUGAGCAGAGAAAUGCUCCUUUCUUUCAAAGUUCCUCGUUCCGUUUUACACUUGGACACUUGCAAUAUAAACGAAUUAUUUGUGUCCCAGGAACCGACUAAUAAAAAUGAAAAAAAAAAUUAAAAUAAAUAAAAUACUCAUACCUAUGUACAUGUAUUAUACAAGUACGUAUAGAGAUAAUUUUUUGACUGUUCAAUAGAAAACCGUUUCAUAGUGAGUUAACUAGAUUAGUUAAAUCGUUGAUGUAAAAGCGUCAAGAACAAUAAAUUAAUUGGUUCUUUAUGCAAGUUAACUGAGAUACCAAAAAAUAAUUGUAUAUAAUUUUUGUACAUUGUAAAAAGU